AUGGUCCGCAUCAAACAUCGCUAUCUUCUCAUCGAUAUUCUCUAUCCUGAGUUGUCGAUCCCAUCAUCGACAAAGAUUACAUCCCCAUCACUCAAAACUCAUCUUCAGUUCCAUGCCCCCACGCCCGAUGCCCUGACGCCGGGGUUGCUGGCUAAGAUGGUGCGCGAGGAAGUCGCAGAGAUGUUUGGGGAUUGGGGCGUGGGGAGGCUGGGGGUCAAAUAUCUCUCUCCCGCAACAUCCACGGCCAUCAUCCGCUGCCCGCGUGCCUCCUUCCGCCUGGUCUGGGCAGCGUUAACCUAUAUGUCCCAUGUACCCGGGCCCGGCCCGUCAUCAGGUAAACGCUCUUCUUCUUCCUCUUCUGGCCCCCACCAACGCCUACCCUGCGUAUUCCGCGUGGUUCGGGUCUCUGGAACAAUGCGCAAGGCCGAGGAAGAGGCCAUUCGGAGGGCCAGACGAGAGAUUCUAAGGGCGAAGAAGGAGCAGGAAACUGGCGUUCUAGACGGCCUCGUUGGUAGUACUGGUAGUAGUAGUACUAAUACUGCUACCGGUGCGGCGCAUCGAAAACAGCCAGACAAUGACCCCAUCGCUUUUGCAAUGGAUGUUGAUGAUGAAGACGAUGAGCUGCAAGAUCUUGAUGAUGACGAUUAA